CAUAUGUGUAAAACUUCUGUAAAUGCGCCAGCGAUUAUGACUACAUAUGGUUGUUUCACUGAAAAUGAUAUCUAUAUCAUCAUUGCGACCGGUACUGAUACGACAGUAGUUGUCGCUUAAAUGUAGCGUAAGCCUCUCAGGAAACGAAGCUAAUUAAAGAAUUUUAAGAGUUCGAGGUGUUCGCCAAUGUAACAUCGCAUUUCUUACACAGUUUUAUUUUGCUGGUUGUUUUGAAUAGCGUCCGAAAUGUGUUCUUCAUGGCUUUACCUGUCGAGAUUUUUGUAGGCCAUAGACAGACACAAAGGAAAAGCGAGAACUGAUAAGAAUAUGCGGGGCACGGUUGGUUAAGUUUAUUGAUAUAAACAAAGUCUGCCCAAUCCAGAUCUAGUUAACUGAAUUGUAUUUAGUUUGUCGGUGUCUACCCCGUUUCGAACAUGAUAGAAGAUAUGAAAUAAAAGCACGUAAAAUGCCUCGUUCAACUUUGGAUUUUAAAAUUAGAAUGACUUCAGUUGGUCGGGGCCGUGGAAGAGUGGCGUAUACCGCCCCACUGCGACGUCCUGGCCAGCCUGCUAAUGCACCAGACUAUGUUCAGACUAUGAACGCACUAAUGUCAGAUGUGGACUAUGCGGAAAACAUGCUGGAUUAUGUGGAAAAGCAAGUGAUUGCAGCAUGCUCAUCCGUCACUGCAACUGAAGAGGUUGUGGACACGAUAUACAACAUUAGCAUACGAGACCGUAACUUUGGAAGAGUUGGCGGAGCUGUUCUGGCCAGGCUGACUGGGACGGAACUGGAAGGCUUCAGAAAGGCUGUGCUGAACAGGUUGCAGUCUGACUAUGAAGAUCGGGAGAAGAUGUUGGCAGCAGACGGUGGAGCCAAAUUGAUGAACUUUGUGUGCCUGCUGGGUGACCUGUACCACAAGGUCGUGCUGAGGAAUGGGCUGCCACUGCGAGUGCUGGCCGCCCCACUGGCGACCUGCCUCGGCAUGGUGCUUGGGCGCAGCGCUUCCAAGAUUGAGAUCUUCACUCAGCAGAUGGUGAUGAAUGGAGAGAAACUGCAGCUACAUGCAUCAGAUGAUGUAGCUCAGCUAAUGAUCCGCGCACGGGAACUGCUGAUGGGACAGCCCCCACUAGAAAACAGCAGUGCCUGGUACAUACUUCUCUGCAUCGACCUGGAGGCUCGCAAAUAUACGGCUCUCCCGGACCACUUGCUGUCACUCUACGAGUCCAAUAUAGCAUCUAAGCAAAUUCUCUCACUUCUCAAGAAGCUUAAAUCUGAUUCGUAGUAUACAUUUAUUUUGUUGAACAAAAUUUGUGUGCUGUGAAUAUAGUAUUUAAUGUACACCACAGGGAAACACUGAGGAUCCUAUAGUAGUGUGUGCUAUACACCCUGUAGGAUUAGAGGUAAUAGUACUUCUUUGGAUUGUCAAAGAAGGCUGUUCUUGUUGUGACUGAAAUAUUGUUGGCAGCUGCAAUGAGUUGCUGAGUAUUGUAUUAUUUUUAUAAUGUAUUUAUUCUAUAUCUCAAGUACUGAAUGAUAUUUGAAAAACGAAGUAUUGUAGCCUUCACUGUAAGAUAUUUGCAUUCCGUUUGUUGCCAAGAAUAUUGUCAGAUACUUGUAUCAGUCUGUAAUUUGCAGUGGAAGCUGACUACAAUAAGAGGUAGAAACAUACGACAGAUUGAAAUAAUUAAUGAGUAUAUUGUCAGCAGACAGACACUAUGACCAUGCAAUUCAUGGAGAAAGUUCUAAACUUUUAUUUCUGGGAUAUGCCCCUGAGAGACUGAGCUAUCAGAAAACUUUACGUGAAACAAACACACACACACAAACAACAACAACAACCACCACCACUAACAAUAUCGAAUGUAUGUAAGAUGAAAGUGAAUCUUUAAGCACAUAAGAUUACAACAGAAUUUCUCACAGGCAUUGUUACUUGAAUAUUGGUGACAAUGGUUUUCACUGAAUU